ACCCCAUGGAUCCAAUGGUAAUGAAAAGACCUCAGUUGUAUGCAGUGGGCAACAGCCCUCACACCCAGACACAGCCAAGCAGUCCAUACCCAGGGCAGUCAUAUGGACCUCCAGGACCACAACGCUAUCCAAUGAGUAUGCAGACCCGGACUCCAGGUUCCAUGGGAGGAAUGCAGUAUCCACAGCAACAGAUGCCACCUCAGUAUGGUCAACAAGGUGUAACCGGCUACUGCCAACCGGGCCAACAGCCAUAUUACAACCAGCAACCACAACCUCAGCAUCUGCCUCCACAGGCCCAAUAUCUGUCACAGGCCCAACAGAGGUACCAGACGCAGCAGGAUAUGUCUCAGGAAGGCUAUGGGACCAGAUCCCAACCACCCCUUACCCAAGGCAAGCCUAACCAUGAAGAACUGAACCUAAUACAACAAGAGAGACCAUCAAGCUUACCAGUUGAAGUCUUGGCCUCGGAGGAUGCUUCAUUUGGACUCAAGGAUUUAUCGGGCUCCAUUGAUGACUUGCCUACAGGAACAGAAGCAACACUGAGUUCAGCAGUUAGUGCAUCAGGUUCUACAAGCAGCCAAGGAGAACAGAGCAAUCCAGCACAGUCACCUUUCUCCCCUCAUGCCUCCCCACAUCUCUCCAGCAUCCCUGGGGGCCCAUCCCCUUCCCCAGUGGGCUCUCCUGUCGGAAGCAAUCAGUCAAGAUCUGGUCCCAUUUCUCCUGCAAGUAUUCCAGGUAGCCAAAUGCCAUCCCAGGCUCCUGGAAGUCAGCCAGAAUCUAGUUCCCAUCCUGCCUUAAGCCAGUCGCCGAUGCCACAGGAUAGAGGUUUUAUGGCAGGCAUACAGAGAAAUCCUCAAUUAUCUCAGUAUACACCUCAGCAGACUGGACCUUCCAUGUCACCACAUCCUUCCCCUGGAGGCCAAAUGCAUUCUGGAAUUGGUAGCUUUGCACAGAGUAAUUCAAGUGGUACUUAUGGAACUCAGAUAAGCCAGUAUGGGCCACAAGGAAACUACUCCAGGCAGCCAACGUACUCUGGAGUGACCAACACAAGUUACAGUGGCCCAGGACCUGGUAUGGGUAUAAAUGCCAACAACCAGAUGCAUGGACAGGGGCCAGGCCAGCCUUGUGGUACCAUGCCCCUGGGAAGAAUACCAUCAGCUGGGAUACAGAGCAGACCGUUUCCUGGAAAUAUGAGCAGUAUGACCCCCAGUUCUCCAGGCAUAUCUCAGCAGGGAGGCCCUGGGAUGGGACCACCCAUGCCAACUGUGAACCGUAAGGCACAGGAGGCAGCUGCAGCAGUGAUGCAGGCUGCUGCAAACUCCGCCCAGAGCAGGCCACCAUACAUUAGGUCGCCUGCUUAUCCCAGCCAGUCUGGGGCUGGCGGACGCCCCAUGUUUUCUUCACAGCACCCCAACUAUGGCAACACUCAGGCUCCCAUGAUGCACCAGCCUGACCAGUACGGGCAAGGCAGCUUUCCUGUCAUGAAUCAAAGUGGCAUCAUGGGAUCCAGUUCCCCCUACAGCCAGCCAAUGAACAACAACUCCAGCCUGAUGAACCCUCAAGCUCCUCCUUACAACAUGGCACCUAGCAUGGUGAACAGUUCCACAGGUAAUGCCCCUGUGGGUCUUGCAGAUAUGAUGACUCCAGGCGAGUCCAAACUACCCAUCUCUCUCAAACCCGAUGGAAAAGAAGAAGGGGCUCCUCAACCCGAGAGCAAAAAGGAUAGCUACAGCUCUCAGGGUAUUUCUCAGCCCCCAACCCCAGGCAACCUGCCAGUCCCUUCCCCAAUGUCCCCAAGUUCUGCUAGCAUCUCCUCAUUUCAUGGAGAUGAAAGUGAUAGCCUUGGUAGCCCAGGCUGGCCAAAGACUCCGUCAAGCCCUAAGUCAAGUUCUUCCACCACAACCGGCGAGAAGAUCACAAAAAUGUAUGAGCUGGGAAAUGAACCAGAGCGUAAAAUGUGGGUGGAUCGCUAUCUCAACUUCAUGGAAGAAAGGGGUACCCCUGUUGCCAGUCUGCCUGCUGUAGGCAAGAAACCACUGGAUCUGUUUAGACUUUAUGUCUGCGUUAAAGAGAUUGGAGGUUUAGCCCAGGUUAAUAAAAAUAAGAAGUGGCGUGAGCUGUCAACCAACCUAAAUGUUGGCACAUCAAGCAGCGCUGCCAGUUCCCUGAAAAAACAAUAUAUUCAGUACCUGUUUGCUUUUGAAUGCAAGAUUGAACGAGGGGAGGAGCCGCCUCCUGAAAUCUUCAGCACUGGAGAUACCAAGAAACAACCUAAGAUUCAGCCGCCAUCUCCUGCCAAUUCAGGUUCCCUUCAAGGUCCACAGACCCCUCAAUCAACUGGUAGCAAUUCCAUGACAGAAGUGCCAGGUGAUCUCAAGCCUCCUACACCAGCAUCUACACCUCAUGGACAGAUGACACCUAUACAGGGCAGCAGGAAUAGUUCCAUUAGUGUACAUGAUCCUUUUUCAGAUUUAAGCGAUUCAGCAUUUCCAAAGCGAAACUCCAUGACCCCAAAUGCACCCUAUCAGCAGGCAAUGAAUAUGCCAGAUAUGAUGGGAAGAAUGCCCUAUGAACCGAACAAGGACCCUUUUGGUGGGAUGAGAAAAGUGCCUGGAAACAGUGAACCCUUCAUGACCCCUGGACAAAUGCCCAACAGUGGACUGCAGGACAUGUAUAACCAGACUCCCUCUGGGGCAAUGUCCAACAUGGGCAUUGGCCAGCGCCAGCAGUUCCCUUAUGGAAGUGGUUAUGACCGGAGGUCGGAUCAUGGUCUGGGUCCUGAAGGCAGUGUGGGAGCACCUGGUCAAAGCAACAUGGUGCCUUCAAACAGUGACCCAAACAUGUACUCUCCUAACUGUUACCCUGGGCAGCAAAGGCAUGAAACAUAUGGACAGCAGUACCCAGCACAAGCACCUCCUUCAGGACAGCCACCUUAUGGAGGACACCAAGCUGGACUGUAUCAACAACAGCAGAACUACAAACGUCAUAUGGAUGGCAUGUAUGGGCCUCCCGCUAAACGCCAUGAAGGGGAUAUGUUUAACAUGCAGUAUAGCAACCAACAGCAAGAUAUGUUUAACCAGUACAGCAGCGCUUACUCUGGACCAGACAGGAGGCCAAUACAGAGCCAAUAUCCAUAUCCUUAUAACAGAGAGAGGAUGCAGGGUCCAGGACAAAUGCAACAACAUGGAAUACCUCCUCAAAUGAUUGGUGGCCCUAUGCAGUCAUCAGCCUCCAGUGAAGGACCCCAGCAGAACAUGUGGCCUACAAGAAAUGAUAUGCCUUACCCGUAUCAGAAUAGGCAAGGCCCUGGCGGCCCUGCACAGGCCCCACCUUAUCCAGGGAUGAACCGCACUGAAGAUAUGAUGGUACCUGACCAGAGGAUAAACCAUGAAAGCCAGUGGCCUUCUCACGUCAACCAGCGCCAGCCUUCUUACAUGUCAUCCUCCGCUGCCAUGCAACCAAUCACUCGACCUCAGUCAUCCUACCAGACACCAUCAUCAAUGUCAAAUCACAUAUCUCGGGCUCCAAGUCCUGCAUCUUUCCCCCGCUCUUUGGAAAACCGUAUGUCUCCAAGUAAAUCCCCUUUCCUGCCCUCCAUGAAGAUGCCAAAAGUUAUGCCUGCCGUUCCAGUUUCACAGGUCACAGGUCCUCCGACUCAGCCACCGCCAAUCAGACGAGAAAUAACUUUCCCUCCAGGCUCAGUAGAAGCAUCCCAGCCAGUCUUGAAACCAAGACGAAAGAUUACCUCAAAAGACAUUGUAACUCCUGAGGCUUGGAGAGUGAUGAUGUCUCUUAAAUCGGGCCUUCUUGCUGAAAGUACUUGGGCAUUAGACACUAUUAAUAUCCUUCUGUAUGAUGACAGUACUGUGGCUACUUUCAACCUUUCUCAGUUAUCUGGCUUUCUUGAACUUUUGGUGGAGUAUUUUAGAAAAUGCCUAAUUGAUAUUUUUGGGAUCCUUAUGGAAUAUGAAGUGGGGCAUCCAGGACCAAAAGUGCUAGAUCAUAAUUCAGCUCGGAAAGAGGAUGGCCAACCCAUGACACAAGAUGCCAGAAAAGAAGAGAACGAUGAUGAAUGUAUUGCUUAUUUUGAUGAAUUUCAGGAUGAGGAGGAGGAAGAGGAAGAGGAAAAUGAGAAAACUGAAGGAGAGGAAAAAAGCACUGUUCUUGCUCCCCCAGAUGCCAUUGCUGAGCCUACUGAGAGGCCAAAACAAGCCAGUAAAUUUGACAAGCUGCCUAUAAAAAUUGUGAAGAAAAACAAUCUCUUUGUUAUCGACAGAUCUGACAGACUUGGACGUGUUCAGGAAUUCAGCAGUGGACUUCUCCACUGGCAGCUUGGUGGGGGCGAUACAACAGAGCACAUCCAAACCCAUUUCGAGAGCAAGAUGGAGAUCCCUCCUCGCAGGAGACCGCCUCCUCCAUCAAGCUAUUUAAGUAAAAAGAAGAAUGGGGAGGGGAAAGGAGAAUCAGAAGAACAGCAAGACAAAAGCUUAUCAGCCACCAUUGAUGACGUCUUGUCGGCUCGUCCAGGAGCAUUGUCUGAAGACUCAGACUCUGCUUCUUCUCAGACAGAUAGCGGUAAAUUUCCAUUUGGAAUCCAUCAGGCCAAAAGUCAUAGGAAUAUCAAGCUGCUAGAGGAUGAGCCAAGGAGUCGAGAUGAAACUCCGCUAUGCACCGUAACCCAUUGGCAGGACUCUCUGGCCAAACGAUGCAUCUGUGUGUCAAAUAUUGUCCGCAGCUUAUCUUUUGUGCCUGGCAACGAUGCCGAAAUGUCAAAACAUCCAGGCUUGGUGCUGAUCUUGGGAAAGUUGAUCCUUCUCCAUCAUGAGCACCCAGAAAGAAAGCGUGCGCCACAGACAUACGAAAAAGAGGAAGAGGCGGACAAAGGGGUGGCCUGCAGCAAAGAUGAGUGGUGGUGGGAUUGCCUUGAAGUCUUGAGGGACAAUACAUUGGUCACAUUAGCCAACAUUUCUGGGCAGCUAGACUUAUCUGCUUACACAGAAAGCAUCUGUUUGCCAAUUUUGGAUGGCUUACUGCACUGGAUGGUGUGCCCGUCUGCAGAGGCACAGGAUCCUUUUCCAACUGUGGGGCCCAAUUCAGUCCUGUCACCUCAAAGACUUGUACUGGAAACCCUGUGUAAACUCAGUAUCCAAGACAAUAACGUGGACCUUAUCUUGGCCACUCCCCCAUUCAGCCGUCAGGAGAAACUCUAUGCUACUUUAGUUAGGUACGUUGGGGACCGCAAAAAUCCAGUCUGCCGAGAAAUGUCCAUGGCACUCUUAUCAAACCUUGCCCAGGGGGACACAUUAGCAGCAAGGGCAAUAGCUGUGCAGAAGGGAAGCAUCGGAAACUUGAUAAGCUUCCUUGAGGAUGGGGUCACUAUGGCCCAGUACCAGCAGAGCCAGCAUAACCUCAUGCACAUGCAACCCCCACCUCUGGAGCCGCCAAGUGUGGACAUGAUGUGCAGGGCAGCCAAGGGUUUGCUUGCCAUGGCUCGGGUAGAGGAGAACCGCUCAGAGUUCCUUUUACAUGAGGGCCGUUUGCUGGAUAUCUCAAUAUCUGCUGUUCUGAACUCUCUGGUUGCAUCUGUCAUUUGUGAUGUACUUUUUCAGAUUGGACAGUUAUGACAUAAGUGAGAAGCCAAGCAUGUGUGAGUGGAGAUUAGAGGGUCACAUAUAAAUGGCUGUUUUCCGUACUUGUUUAUCCAGUGUAGGAAGAAGGG